UGACGUGUAACGUUGUUUCGUUCGUCGUUUUAAUUUUAUAGCUUGAGUUUGUGAGCGUGUAGAAACUAUAUUUCUCUGUGUGCCCGCGUACCGCUGUGUGUGUCUUCAUUACUGUUGCCUUUGCCUUAUUUGCUUCCAAACGGGAAAUAGAUCCACAAAUAGGCGCAUCAAUUAUUGAAAAUUUUUAUGUUCAUAAGUCAUAUUCGGUUGGAAAGUGCGUGAAUUAGCUUGGUGCCGAAUUGUUCGAUUCUAAGUCAGAUAGUGCUGAGGAGGUGUUUCGUGAGUUAGUGCUUUUAUGGUGCGGUGACCUUAAAACAGCGUAUGAUGUAAGCGAAACUCGCAUACAUACUUCUGAGAAUUAUUAUUGAAAGCUGAAAAAACGAAUUCGAGGAAGCUUUGCAGUGUAGUGUCUCAUUCGGAUAAAGAGGUUCUUUAUUGGCAUACUCCUGUUGCAGGAAUAAAGUGGAAGUGCCGCGCAGUUUAAAACAUCAAAGGAUAUACAUACUGCUGACUGCUUUAAACUUGGGAAGCGAUGAUACACGUAGGGGAUAAUACAUGGAACCUGCGGGUGUACAUUACGGACCUGCAGGUCGAGAAAACUCUACGUGUGCGAGGUGACCUGCACAUUGGUGGCGUAAUGCUGAGGCUAGUCGAUCCAGAAAACCCGAAAGAUUGGUCCGACCACGCACUCUGGUGGCCGGCGAGGAACAUGUGGCUGACCAGAACGAAAUCCACACUCGAUCAGGUGGGACUGCACGCGGACGCCCUGCUGCAUUUCACGCCCAUGCACAAAACACUCCGAGUACAGAUGCCAGAUUUGCGAUACCUAGACUGUCGAGUUGAUUUCUCCAUCAAGACGUUCGGUGCAGUGGUGGCAUUAUGCAAAGAUCUCGGCAUUCGGCAUCCGGAGGAGCUGUCGCUGUGUAAACCGUUGGAACCGGCUCAUUUGAAGAAAAAUUACGCCGAAUGGCCAAAGAAGAAAAUUCCGAUCGAGCAGAAUGGCAACGGACGUGAGUUUGUUCACCCGGCCCCUGAUACGAACACGUUUAUACCGGCCACUGCGGCCAACUUUCACGGCAGCAAUGGAAGCCUAGAUGGCCCAACAAACGGUGGUCCGUUUUCCUGCGCACCGGUGCAGCAUCCACACUACACAUCGAACAGACCCACGCUGCAAAGCACUCCGAUCAGUUCUCCCACGGGGACUCUGAGGCACAAUUACACUAACGGACACACUUCAUUCAAUGAAUCAUCCUCCAGUUUGGGUGACGCGAUCGAUAAUCUAGCCUACAGUCCAUGUGCGCCUAGCCCGGAAGCACGAUCGCGAUUGGUGAAGCCAAAAACACUAAUCGAGCGGGCCCGCAUGAACGUUGGUUGGCUAGACUCGUCGCUCUCAAUCAUGGAGCAGGGAAUUCGCGAGUUUGACACACUUUGCCUGCGCUUCAAGUAUUACAUCUUCUUCGAUCUGAACCCCAAGUAUGACCAGGUGCGCAUUAACCAGCUGUACGAGCAAGCCAAGUGGCAGUUGCUGAACGAGGAAAUUGAGUGUACCGAAGAGGAGAUGCUGAUGUUCGGGGCGCUGCAAUUUCAGGUGAAUCUGCAGAAUGAGGUGCCCCAGCCGGACUCGGGUAUCGACACAUCCAGCCUGGACAACGGAGCGGACGACGACGUGGAUGCCGCCUUGCGCGAGCUGCAGAUAACGCUGGAAGGACCAAACAACGGACAUAAUGCGGGCGAUAUCACACACAUACCGGAGCUGACGGAUUAUUUGCGGUUUUUCAAGCCAAAAAAAUUCACACUGAAAGGAUACAAACGUUACUGGUUUACCUACAAGGAUUUGCAUUUACAUCUCUAUAAGAGCCGGGACGAUGCCCGUUCUAACAAUUCACCGCAGGUCACAAUCAAUCUUCGCGGAUGUGAGGUGACACCGGAAGUAAACUUAUCGCAAAACAAAUUUAAUAUCAAACUGGAAGUGCCACUCGAGCAGAAUACGAAUAGUGAAAUGUGGAUCCGCUGCGAUAGCGAAGACCAGUACGCAAAAUGGAUGGCCGCCUGCCGGUUGGCGUCGAAGGGACGCUCUCUGGCGGAUAGUUCGUACGACAGCGAGGUAUCGAGCAUCAAGUCGUUCCUGAGUAUGCAGAAACCAGCCCAGGUGACGGCGGUUGCGAUCAAUCCAAACAACAUCGAACCGAACGAAUACCUUUCGCCACGGUAUGUCAAGAAGUUGAAAAACAAAUCCGUCAUACGAAUGCUUGAGGCACACGCCAACGUUAAAGAUCUCGGGCUGGUCGAUGCCAAGCUGAAUUAUAUUAGGGCCUGGCAAAGCUUACCGGACUUUGGGGUUACGCUGUUCGUAAUCAAAUUUGACGGACACAAGAAAGAGGAGCUGCUCGGUGUGGCUAGCAAUCGCAUCAUGAAGAUGGACAUCAAUACCGGCGAUCAUCUGAAGACCUGGCGCUACAAUACAAUGAAGGCAUGGAACGUGAACUGGGAAAUCAAAUGCAUGAUGAUUCAACUCCAGGGCGAGAGUGUCAUAUUUUCUUCGCUGUCCGCCGACUGCAAGGUUAUACACGAGUUCAUCGGCGGCUACAUCUUCAUGUCAAUGCGAUCGAAAGAAACGAAUCAAACGCUUAACGAAGAACUGUUCCACAAGCUGACGGGGGGUUGGAAUUGAAACCGUCGACGUGGGAGGGGUUGAAUGAAAAUGUUAUAUUUGUUUUUUUAUUGCCACAGUGACUUAAUUCCUAUUCGGGCUGGAAAUGGUACACUGUGUUGUGUGUAAAUAGUAAAUUUAUAAAAUUUCACAGCUAAAUUUUGCUGCGUAACGUAAACAGUAAACAAAGUAGCAAUACAAUCUUUAUGAAAAACAAACGGAAUAGUUUAUAACAAUAGAUCAAAAUAGGUGUGCUGCUAAUAGUUUAUUGCUGUCACCUAUUUAUUUUUCGUCAAGACAAUCGACAAUUCUGGAUGGAAACAAAACGCACAUGUUAACACAUGCAAUAACAUUUGUUCUAACGCUUCGAAACGCCAAUCAAAAUGCCAAAAGUGUCUUCUGUAGCUUUCUUGCGAUGAAGAAAGGUAGCAGUUUAGGUGUCUUGCAGUUAAAUGUUUUUAUUCUCUUUACUAUGAUAUCAAGAGUAAUUGAUAGUUGGUUACAUAUUAGAAAACUGCCGCACAGCAGUUUUUAAGCACAACGCGGAAAAGUCUCCUACUUAUUCGUGGCUAGAGACAUUGGUAAAUUGAGUUUAAAUUAAGUUUUGAAGAGGAGAGAUGAUGUUUUAACAAACGAACUGUUCACAUCCGAUUAUACCCCGAUGAGAAGAUUUUUUGGGCUACCCAAAGCAAAUAUAUCCUAACACAACUCCUAGAGAACUUAACAGCUACAUGUAACAAACUGUGUAUAAUAUACGUUGAUUUAAAUUAUACUAAACUGUCCUUUCAAUAAAAUUUCUUU